ACGGUACCGGUACGGGAGUCCGCCAAUUUCCGGCGCGCGGGAAAAUUUCCCGCACUCGCGCUCGAGCCUCGCCCGCUAUAAGAAAGAAUCGCACCACCACGGUCUCCUGCUCCACUUCCCCCACUUCCGCCGCCUCCCACCGAAUGGGCCGCAAGAGGAGGGCUAGGGUUUCCUGCGACAGCGACGGCGACGACGUCGAGAUGAACGGCGAUGAGCCCGCCCCCGCCGCCGCGGAGAGCAAGAGCCUCUACGAGAUAUUAGGGGUUGAGAGCACAGCUUCACAACAGGAGAUAAAAAAGGCAUAUCACAAGUUGGCCUUGCGUCUUCACCCAGAUAAGAAUCCUGGAGAUGAGGAAGCCAACGAAAAAUUUCAGCAGCUGCAGAAGGUGAUAUCUAUUCUUGGAGACCAGGAGAAAAGGGCAUUGUAUGAUGAGACUGGAAUUACUGAUGAUGAUGCACUGGUUGGAGAAGCUGCAGACAAUCUCCAAGCGUACUUCAGAACAGUGUACAGAAAGGUCACAGAGGCUGACAUUGAAGAAUUUGAAGCUAAGUACAGAGGGUCAGACUCUGAGAAAAAGGAUUUAAAGGAACUGUACACAAAAUUUAAGGGCAACAUGAACAGACUUUUCUGCUCUAUGAUUUGCUCAGAUGCCAAGCUUGAUUCUCACCGCUUCAAAGAUAUAAUUGAUCAGGCAAUUGCUGAAGGCGAGCUGAAGUCCACCAAAGUGUAUGCGAAGUGGGCUAAAAAGAUUUCUGAGAUAGAACCACCCACAAACCCAUUGGAGAGGAGAGUGAAGAAAAAGAAGAGCCAGGAGAGCGACCUCAUCCUGGCGAUCUCGCAGCGCAGGGAACAGAGGAAGGAGCGGUUUGACUCUGUUCUGUCAUCUAUAAUGUCCAAGUGUGACGACAACAAGGCGGGCAGCUCAGAGCCCACGGAGGAGGAGUUUGAGCGCGCUCGGCAGAGGCUUGAGAAGAAGCGCACCAAGGGGCGCAAAUGAUAUGAAUCUUGACAUGCAUGCGCAAAUGAUAUGAAUCUUGACAUGCAUGCAGGCCCUUCGAGAAAAAAAUGGGUGUUGAGUGGACUGGUGUGGAGGGGUUGUGUCGCAACUCUAGUGUCGCUUUGUUUUAUGAGUGGGCGUGCGCUGCUUGUGAUCGUCAACCCUUCCCCUGACCUCAAGAGGCUCGGCCUCCUCCAGGGUUUUGCUGCUGGACUUAUGUUGAGCAUCUCGUUUCUAGACUUGGCACACAACGCACUCAACUCCAUUGGCUUCUUGAAGGCCAAUCUAUGGUUUUUUGCAGGAGUUCUUUUCUUUGGGUUCGUUGUCAAGUUUAUUCCAGAGCCAACCUUUGUGCCAACAACUGAUGCAAGCAAGAAAAAGACUGAUGAUGACGGGUCGGGCAAAGAUAUGAUGAAAAAACAUCGCCGCCAAGUCUUAUUCAGUGGCAUCAUUACUGCUGUUGGAAUUAGCUUGCACAAUUUUCCUGAGGGAAUGGCGGUAUUUCUUGGAUCCGUGAAGGGUCUUCGCGUGGGAGUUAACUUGGCUAUUGCUAUUGCUUUACAUAACAUACCCGAGGGGGUUGCUGUAGCUCUGCCACUCUAUUUUGCUACCAAAAGCAAAUGGCAAGCAUUUAAAUAUGCAACACUCUCUGGUUUGGCUGAGCCACUAGGGGUAUUUUUUGUAGCUGUCUUGUUUCCGAGCAACUUAAAUCCUGAAAUUCUUGAAGGCCUACUUGCAUCAGUUGGUGGUGUUAUGGCUUUCCUCACUUUGCAUGAGUUGUUACCUCUAGCAUUUGACUAUGCUGGUCAGAAGCAAGCUGUCAAAGCAGUCUUUGUUGGCAUGGCCGUCAUGUCUGCGAGCUUGUAUUUCCUGGAGAUCAGCCUACCCAAGGAGAUCAGCUUGUAACAUAUGACCGCACCGCUGCAACUAUACCAGCUGUUCAUAGUGUCCUCUGAAGCCUGAGAACUUCGCCAUACAUCAACCGUUUCUUGCGAUCUGCAAGGCAAGGGGCGUGGGGUUUGGAAGGUUCGUUGCUCAGAAGCAAGAAUUAUGGCCAGAACGUUGCAUUGGCCACGUGUAGCAUACACUAUUACUCCUGGUCAUUGUGUCUGACAGUUUUACUAGGAAAAAACAGCAGUGUGGCGACCCGUAUGUGGUGGCUGGACAUCCCUCACUUUGUUGUUUCAGAAAACCAUAUGUGGUGACGGGUAUCUGAAUACAACCAUCGGGCUUGUUGUCCAGUAACAGGAUGCAACUAGAACAGAUUUGCGGCUCUUUUGUCAAUUUGACACGUUAAAAACCUGCCCACAAUCAUGGCCUGCAGGCUGUAAUUGCCCUGUUAACCCUUGA